AAAGCGGCGAGGGAACCAUGUGCUAAGCGAAACAAGAUCGUGUUUUUUCAUGUUGUGUUUUACGUACUGCUAGAACUCAAGUUGACGAGCACGUUGUUUUUACACGUUUUAAUUCCUUUUUUUUGUUCCUCCACUCACGACCCCGCAGUUCAGUUCUGAAUGCACAUUUUGAGUUCGUAUUUUUUCGUUCCUUCGUUUUUCAAGUUUUUUCAAUUCGCGUUGAAAAACUGAGUUCACCAAAAUUGUGUUCACGUUUCCCUCACAAUUUUUUUGUCCGGGUGUUUUCAUCGACGCGAUUUUCGAGCGGCUUCAGUUUUUCUCCGAAGUUUUCCGCGCUCGCAUUUUUGAAAAUUACGAGAGGACUCUCCGCGCGCGCAGUUGGCGAGAUCGCCGAGAACUUUCGUGAGAUUCGAUUUUUGCGGUAGCGUGUCGUUUUCGCGAACCGGCAAAUUCCUUCUGCGCCUGCAUCUUCUCUCGUUUUCCCCCUUACUUUCCUGAAAGUACAAAAAAGCAAAAUUUUAAGAAAAAUUACAGUUUUAUCUCAAAUCAAAUAUUUAAUUUACUGUUGUGUUUUUAUUUAAAGAAAGAAUAUAUUUAGUUUGUUGGUGCUUCUGUUCUAUUACACGGAUUCUGGCAUUUCCUUUCAAGAAACUCUGCAUCCUCAGUAAAUAAAUUCUCCGAUAGCAUUUUCAACCGAGCAUUUUCGCUAAUCGAUUUUCUACAGUUUUUUCUACCAAUCGCGUCUUGUAGUGAAUCAAACGCGAACUUCAUCACCGUUUCCUGAAAACAAAUUUAUACCUGGUGAAUUUUUAUAUAAAAUCUCUGCCAAUCCUCUAAUUAAUUUAGAACUCUCGCGACAAAUUCAACUAGAUCUCAGGUUCGUAUCGUAUACAAAACAUAGUCUAUUUACGAACAGUUGACGGAUAAAUGAAUUUUAAUUAAUUGUUUAGAGAAAAAUGCAUUAUUUAUUUUGUUGACGAAGAAAUAGCGUUGAAGUGUAAAGAAAAUUCGUUUUGUUUUCCCUUGGUUAAGUGUUAGAACAAUGUGCGCCGUUGUGAGAAACACGUGGAGCGGUCCGGCCGGCAUCGCCGCUGUCUUGGUCGCGUGAAAACGUGAAGCGCGAGUUGUAGGCUAGCCUGCCGCUUGGAAGCGCGCCGAGCCGCGCCACUGUCACUUUCGCUCUCGUCGGAUUUUACCAGUUUCCACUACGGCUACCUGCGUUUUCCCUGUCACGAUGGCCCCCCGGAGGAACAACCACUCGGUGGCCCUCCACGCCCCGGCGGCCGGGCACACGGCGACGGCCAACGAAAUAGGACACUUCUUCCUGGACCCGCUGAGUCUGGACCAGGACAACUACACACACUGCUGCGUGCCCAGCGGCGAGUGUCUCCACCACCAGCAGCCCAUCCCCUUGAACGACCUCGAGGACGCCGUCAAAGUCGUGUGCAACAACGACAACUGCACCAUGGGCAAGUUCAUGCACCGCGAGUGCUUCGAGCACUGGGAGCAGAGCGUCCUCAACUACCUCAAGACCUGCGGGAGGGCCCGCUCCUGGUCCGAGCGACAGAGGCACCAGAACCUCUGGACGAAGAAGGGCUACGACCUGGCGUUCAAGGCCUGCGGCUGCAAGUGCGGGCGGGGGCACCUCAAGAAGGACCUGGAUUGGGUCCCGUCUUCGGGCUCUGUCUUCCGCGAGGACACGGACACGAGCAAGAAGAAAAAGAGGAAAAACAAGAGCAACGCUCGGCCGACCCUGGCCAUCUCGGCGGCCCACGCCAACGGGAACCUCCCCAACAUGGGCCACAUCGGGAAUAUCGGAACCAAAAGCUUCGAGAACCACAUCCUAUCGGCCGACCUCCGAACCCGCACCGGGAGCCUCUCUUCGUCCACCGGAUCCUCGUCUCCCCCGGCCUCCACUUCCAGCAUCUCGCCGGUCCACUCUUCCGGCACCGGCGCCAGCAAGAGAAAGAUCAAAUUCGACUUCUUCUCAGACAGACAUAUUUCUUCCAUGAAUGGCAGUGGCAUCUUCACCAGGCGGCAAGACUUCACAUCCUUCAACUCAAUCCCGAAAGUGAAACUUAAUUCUUAUAAUAUAAAGAUGGAAGACGAAGGGAACCACGGGAACGAUGACACCCGGUGCUUCGUGCUCUCGACGUUGGCGGCCAAACACCAGCCGCGCGUCAACUGCCUCCUCUGCCACUCGACGAUGCUAGUCUUCGACCGAUACCCUCUCGUCGACGGCACCUUCUUCCUCAGCCCCAAACAGCACAGCCAUUUCUCCAUCGAGACGAAAUCAGAAGGAAAGACGCAAUACCUGAGCGCGGUGUGCAUGGGUUGUCUUCAGGGUUGGACCAAGCUGCGAUGUCGGCACUGUUCCGAACCCUGGGACGGCUCCUCUCUCAUGAUCGGCUCAAUGUACUCCUACGAUAUCUUCGCAGCCAUGCCAUGCUGUGCUGAUCGAUUGAAAUGCAACGGAUGCCAGAAAGCCCUGCUGCUGCCCCACCAGCGGCUCAACUUCUACAGCGACUACUCGCACAAAGUGGCCUGCCCGCAGUGCGGCGUGCAGGACAACCACUUCGUCAAGCCGCUGGCUUCCUGCUUCACCCGUGGCUGGCCAUAACAUCAGGCCCCCGCCUCGGACCUGAGUCUGUCGCCUACGUCCGUGUCCUCCGCCUCCGUAGAUCUGAGCUUCGCCUCGGCCUCGGCGUCGCCGACCGCCCGGUCCCAACAGUCCGGGUCCCCGGUCACCCCCGAGCCGCGCACCGCAGACAUCGCUGACAAGAUCAUCGAGUCCUUCUGGGAGACCAGGAUCCACGAUCUCAUCACCGCGAUGAGCAACUACGGUCUGCUCCAGUGAACGGCCCCGCGGCAGUUGUAGAUAGUGUACAGCAAGUGUGCUCUUUAAGUAACGUUGAAAGGAGUCUUCUCAUAGCUCAGGCUCGUUUCGUUGAAAUGCGCCCACCGAGGAUGGAUUAUUCCAGCUCUCGUGGUAUCAGCUCUUCUGAGGAGUUUCUAAGCAUCGCGUUCGCCCGAGACCAGUCAGUCUCGGCCCAGGCGACUCAAGACGCGCUAAGCUCUAGCUCAAUAAGUUAAGUGUAAAGUUUUCAUUCCUGCGUACCUCUUCGCAUUGGAUGGGUGUGAGAAAUGUUUUGGGGCCCUUUGGAAAUCCUCUGCGAGUGAUUUUUAUGUCUUUACCUCAAUGAUGUAGUGGUUGUGGUUAUGUCAAAGUCGAUGCUGUCUUUUCUGGCAGCAAGCGAUCAUUUAAUUGGUCGGAUGCCGGAAUGACGCAUAAAAGAACGUUGAAAAUAUGUGGAACGACCUUGGUGUUCUGCUUUUGAUAAGUCGCUUUUUUACAUCUAUAUAGCCUAGACAGAGUUGAAAAAUGUAUGAAUCAAAAUCAUAUAAUUAAUUUAGGAUUGCAGGGAAACUACGUGUCCUUUCACUGGAAUCAGGACGUGCGUCCUGAUUCCUAGUUUUAUCAUUUGAAGCUAUCUCUCUUUUUGACUGUGAAUCCGCUAACUCAGGCAAGUCUCAGUUUCUUUAAAAUUAAUCGUAAUCAUGCAUAUUUAAAUGUUUUAAUGAAGUUAGUUAGUUUCAACUGAGAAAUUUUAGUUCAAAAUUAAGAAUAUAUUUUCAAAUUUUAUCAUAGUAUAUUAUAGUAAUUAUAUUAAUAGAUGAAAUCUCAGAAACUAUUUAUUCAGGGAACUCUCAGGUUUCUUGUUUUCCUUUACUAAUUUUAAUUCGUAAUUAAGAAACAAAUCUUAUAUAUAAGUCGCGGCAUUAACGGUCCCUCUGCAUUUCCUCCUUUUAAAGCUUCUCUUGUGGAAUUGUUGCUCAUUUUGUUCACGCUUUUGAUAAGUUUUAAAGACUCACAAGCUGAAAGAAUCAUUCCGUACCAUUUUACCUCAUUCGAACGCAUUAUGCGAAUGGAAUCUACCUACCUACGCUUGUCGUGCAGAUAGAUCUUUUUACUCAAGUACUUCCGUGUAAGAUCAAGGUGAAAAGCCGAUAUUUUACAGCAUUUUACGAAAGAAAUUGUUACUUUAUUUCAGCCAACACUUCAAAUUUCAUAAAUACGUUUAACAUCUUAAUUGUAAGCUUCAUACAUGUUUACCCACUGUUCCAAAGCUAUCGGCUGCCUGGAGUUAUAUUUUUAUUGGUCAUCGUGACGUGGCUAAUUAAUUGAACCAACAAAUCAGGUAACCAACAAUUAGUGUUCUUCAAAAGCCUAAAAUUUUGGAGUCGCAUGCGAACAUCCUCCCUCCGCAGUUUGUAACCAAAA